AUUAACACGACGAAUUUUACAGGUAGCGACCUUCUAACCAGCCUCACGACCACGUUCGAUCGCAAAUGGAGGUCCCUCGUCAAUCAAUCGUCGACUCAAGCGCAGCCUCCUCCGGAAUCCGCGCCCCGUAAUAAGAAUGGCACCUCCGCGGAACGGGAGCAAAAAUCGAGCGUGUCUGUGAAAUUCCGAUAUCCAUCUACGGAAACCUAUCGUGAUCCCAGCCUUCAUAAAUCGCUCGACAAAUAUCACAUCUCCCGCCCAAAGGACGACACUCCCGAGAAGGAUACCGAUUCUACGGUGAUUGACGACAUACCACAUUCUUUGGAGUCAAUCACACCGAAUAACGACCGCGGCGCGAACGAUAAGCAGAGGCCGGACCCGAAUCACGCCACGGAGAAGAUGGUGACGGAGAAAACUCCGGAUUCGAGCGAGAAGGACGAGGAUGAUCGGAGGGAUGCCGACGAGGAGGGAGAUUAUCCGUGCGCGGGAAAUCCAAGACGUUACGAAUCGACGAGCGAGAAGAGUCCUCAUGAAAGUAGUAGAUGCUCGGAGAACAACGAUGUCGAUGCAAAAUUGGACGCCAAGAGUCACCAUUACGAGACGACUGGAGAUUCCAGUUAUUCCAAUAAGCUGAAAAAAUUUGAAAGCCUGACGAGCUCCGAGGUGAGAUCCCGCCUGAAACGAUCGGAAUCAUUGAACAAGAGAACGUCCGAGAACACUUGCUCCCGAUUAAAAAGAUCGGAGAGUCUGAAUAAACAUUCGACUGAGAGACCGUCGCUGCUUAAACGAUCCGAGAGUCUCAACAAACACUCCGGUGACAGAUCGGAGUCGCCGGGCAGCAGGCUGAAACGCUCCGAAUCGCUGACCAAGACCGAGAAGACCGAAUGCAAUAUUAGCAAACGGCGCCAAUCGGUGCGAAAGGAGAGCGCCACGAAGCUGAAACGGAAGAACGGAAUGUCAGAACGGUCGAUCAAACGGAGACACACGGUCGGCGGUACCAAGGACUUUGACAAAGUGCACUGGCUCGAUAAUAAACUGCAGUCUGAGGCCGAGAGGAUCAUUAGAAGCGACUACAGACCGAAGAAGAGCCAGCUCAGAACCAGCUCGCCCGAUCUGAGCGCCCAUCGCGUUGGCAUGGCCGACACGAGUUUCUUGAUCGAGGUCAGUUUUCGCGGGCCCAGCAACGUUGUCUUCAACGUGACUAACGCUGCGCGGCCGCAGUCGUUGCCGGAUGCGAAUAUCGCGUCUAAGGUCUUCAAGGUGCCCCUCGAGAGCCACGUAUAAUAUAUGCUCGAAUAAAUUACUCGAUAUUUUUUAUUCACCUCUGAAUAAUACACGCAACGCUGUUGCUGUACCUGCCGUCAUUUUUAAUAUCUGUACCAGUUUAUAUUAUAUCCCUGAAUCAUAUCAAGUUUAUACAUCUCAUAUUAUAAAAAUAUCUGGAUAAUGAUAAUUUAAAUUCUCGUUUGCCGAAAUGAUUCAUCGAUUGUCACUCGCCAACGUGCCAAAGAGCCAUCACUCUAUGAAUCGUUAUCGACAAUUCGUUUCACAAUUAAAAUGAAUUGAAUAUGAAAGGAAACUAGGCACUUCGUCUUCUAAACAGCGAUGUUUUGACCAUCGAGUUAGAUUAAUGUACAAUGCGAGAAUCGUUGCAACGAUCGCGUAUUAGACUUUAUUUUAGAGAAAAAGACACUUUGCCGAUCUAACGGAAAUAGUAAGCGCCAGGUCGCGUUGGAGAAACGUAAGAAAGUUAUUUUAACGGUUUUAAUUGCAUGUGGCAUUUGUAUCGUGUCAAUUAUAUACGUAUUAUCAUACUUGUGAUUUGUGAUUGUGACAUCUUUUGUACAUAAGAUAUAUGUAUAAUGCGGAAUAUAUUAUAUAUAGGAUUCGCGAUUGAAUAUUAAAUAUCCAUGUAACUA